UACAUCCUCAUUUGUAAUAUAAUUUGGAUUUUACUUCAAUUUAAAGGACACACGUUUUCCGAAUGUAUUCACCGACACUACGUGCUCCGUCCGAUCCACAAACUGCCAAAAGGAGGCUUGCCUUCCAGAAAAGCUAUAGCCAAGAGCACGGGGGAUCAUGGCGACGGAAGAGUCUUAUUGAAGAUGCAAAAUUCGAAACUGUGACAAAUUUAGAAUUUGAAAAACGAGAAAGGACAUUAAGUAAUAGAAAUUCUAUCAGUGAAGAAGAAGAGGAAGUCUUUGUACAGAAUGGUGAAUGUAUAUCUCCAAUUGAGACAGAACCUCCUCAUGCCGUGCUAUUGAUUAUUAGCAUAAAAGAUGGUAUUUCAAGUCUGUCGAGAAUCUUAAGAAUAUUUGAGGCAUCAAAGGUGAUUAUAGAUCACAUCGAAUCACGGAAGUCCAAGAAAUCCGGAGCACAAUUUGAAAUUCUGAUAAAAUGUGUUGGGUCACGCGAUAGAAUCACAUCACAUGUUAAUUCGUUACGCAUGGUCACAUCUAUAGCUGACGUUGCAAUUGUAUCGGAUCAAGAAGUUGAAACUAAAGUAAUUUGGUUUCCAAGACACAUAUCAGAAUUAGAUAACUGCACACAUCUUGUCACAAAGUUUGAACCGGAACUCGACAGUGAUCACCCGGGAUAUACAGAUAAAAAGUACAGAGAACGACGUAAAAUGAUAGCAGACAUAGCAUUUGACUACAGACAUGGACAAGUUAUCCCGAGAGUUGAAUAUACACAAGAAGAAAAUGACACAUGGGGACACGUGUACAAACAUCUUCAAGAUCUGUUUCCAACUCAUGCUUGUAAAGAACACAUUGAGAACUUCAAAAUACUAGAACAGGAUUGUGGAUAUAGCGCAAAUAAAAUUCCACAGUUAGAAGAUGUAUCUAAUUUCUUAAAGCGAAGAACAGGGUUCCAGUUACGUCCAGUUUCCGGUUUAUUAUCAGCACGUGACUUUUUAGCUAGUCUUGCAUAUAGAGUUUUCCAGUGUACGCAGUAUGUUCGUCAUGGGUCAAAACCAGACCACUCUCCUGAACCAGACUGUAUUCACGAGUUGCUUGGACAUGUGCCAAUGUUGGCAAAUCCAAAAUUUGCACAGUUCUCACAAGAAAUAGGACUAACAUCUCUUGGAGCCUCAGAUGCCGAUAUUGAAAAAUUUGCUACACUGUACUGGUUUACGGUAGAGUUUGGCCUAUGUAAGGAACAUGGGAAUCUAAGAGCAUACGGUGCUGGGACGUUGUCAUCGUACGGGGAGUUACGCCAUGCCUUGUCUGAUGCCCCGAAAAAAUAUCCAUUUGAUCCAGAGAAAACUUCAGUACAAGUGUACACAGACGAAGAUAUCCAGCCAAUUUAUUUUGUUGUUGAAUCUUUUGAUGAUAUGAUGCAGAAAAUGAAGCGCUAUGCAGCCACUAUUAAAAGACAGUGUGAAGUACGCUAUGAUCCUUAUACACAAACAAUACAAGAACUCGGCAACGAGGUAUCAAUGCAGUAUUUGCAUUUAUCUCUUCAAAACGAAGUAGAAAGCUUGCAAAGGGCGGUAAAGGAACUGAAAGUGUAAUGUGAAGAUUUGUCGUCAUUAUGCUUAAUCAUUACAUGUAUAAACAUGAAUAUAUGUUUUAAAUGAACUCGUUAUGAAUAAAAUAUGUCUUGUAGAAUGCUUAA